AUCUUUCAAACAAUAAUUGAUCGAACAAAAGGCGUACCAAAACUGAUUUGAAAUACAAAACCAAAAAAAACCCCUCCAAAUUCCCCAAAUGUCGUCCGCCUCUAAUCCUCCAUCAUCCGCCACCGCCACCGCCGCCACUCGGCCAUUCAGCACCACAACAGCAACAGCAACAGCAACAGCACUUUACCAGCUGUACCAACCCAGACCCCAAACGCAACAAGGAGGGGUGAUGGGCAGGGCGGUUGUUCCUAAUUGUAACCCUCAUCCUCAUCCUCAUCCUCUUUUGAUGAGGCAACAUCCGCACCAUUAUGCUGCUGCUCCUAUUAAGGGAAUUCCACUCUCUGAUUCUAAUGGUUGUAAAAACACCAGGGAGAGAAGCAAGGAUGAUAAUUUUGUUGUGGCCAAGGAUAGAAAAGUCAGAAUAUCGCAAGAGUCUUCUCUUUACGGACUUUGUCGAUCAUGGUUGCGAAAUGGAUUUCCUCAGGACAAUCAGCCACAAUAUGGGGAUGUUGUGAAGGUUCUUCCAAAACCUUUGCCUAUGUCUGAUGUCCACCCUCAUUCACUGGGAAAGGAAGGUGAAGAAGUAGUAGAAGAAGAUGAACAGGAAGAAGAAUCCGUAGACAAUUUAUCAGCAGAAGAUCUAUUAAGGAGGCAUAUUAAACGUGCUAAAAAGGUUCGGGCGCGCUUAAGAGAAAAACGUUUGAAGCGAAUUGCAAGAUACAAAACUAGGCUGGCUAUGCUCCUUCCUCCACAGGUAGAACAUUUCAGAAACGACACUGCUGCUGGAAACUGACCAACACAGAUGAAUUGGGAAUGUUGAUAUCAGACUCACAUGAGCUGGAAAAGUGCAGCAUUCUGGCAAUUAUGGAAGAGUUAAGGAUCUGAUGUAUUCAGGGUAAAAACUUUGUUGGUGUCUUUUAUAAUUAUGUGAUGGUCCAACAUCCUCCUGCCAGAAAAAAGUAUUGGACUGCAAAGCAUGACUCAGAAAAUUUGCUUGCCUGAUUUCCAUUUGUUGCUGUAAAAUGUAUUUAGUUGUAUUGCAUCAGCAAUAGCACAUAUUUACAGAAACGUGUUGUACUAAUAAUUUCAACGCCAUUACCCAUGUUUAGGCUUUAGUUUCAAUAUUUACAAACCUGUUCUUAUUCGUUUA